GCGAAUUGUAUUUAUGACUUAUAUUUCUGUUUCUGACAUGUUCCUCGCCCGUAAACGAGAGAUGUGUCCGCGUGUCGGCGUAUCUUUACACGAAACGGUUCGGUCGGGUUUAUGUGAAGGGCUCUUGGACUUUCCUCGACUGUCAACAAUCAGAAAAGGACUGAUAUGUUUGUUUACUGUCACACAAGAGGGCUCUCUGUGUGCGCAGCACUGCUUGAACAACCUCCUGCAGGGAGAGUACUUCAGUCCGGUGGAGCUGUCGUCCAUCGCUCAGCAGCUGGACGAGGAGGAGCGCAUGCGCAUGGCUGAAGGAGGCGUGCAGACCGAGGAGUACAGGACCUUUCUGCAGCAACCGUCUGGAAACAUGGACGACAGCGGCUUCUUCUCCAUCCAGGUGAUCAGCAACGCUCUAGGAGUUUGGGGUUUAGAGAUCGUUCUCUUCAACAGCAGAGAGUACCAGCAGUUACAGAUCGAUCCCAUACAUGAGAAGGCCUUUAUAUGUAACUAUAAGGAGCACUGGUUCACGGUGCGUAAGCUGGGACAGCAGUGGUUUAAUCUGAACUCACUGCUGACCGGACCAGAGCUCAUAUCAGACACUUACUUGGCUCUUUUCUUAGCGCAGCUGCAACAGGAAGGUUAUUCCAUCUUUGUGAUCCGGGGGAGCCUGCCGGACUGUGAAGCUGAUCAGAUUUUGCGGAUCAUGCGAGUUGAGCAGCAGCAGCGGCCCAAGCUGAUCGGAGAGGACGAGGCCCAGAGGAUGUCAGUGCAGCAGGCGUCCGACCCCGGACACACCACAGAUGAAGUGCUGCUGGAUGAGGAUGAGGAGGAGCUGAGGAAGGCUCUGGCUCUCAGCAGACAGGACAUGGAGGUGGAGGACGAGGAGGCUGACCUUCGCAGAGCCAUUCAGCUCAGUAUGGCAGGUGGCAGCGAUCCCAGAAGCCCCAGCGCCACGGUGACGGCCGGCUCGUCUCAGUCAGGAAGCACCGAGAAGGAGGCGCUGACGGCCGAGGAGCUGCGCAGGAGGAGACAGGCGUACUUCGACAGGCAGCAAGCUCAGUCCUCCGCUCACGACAGGAGCGCCGCCGACGGAGGGAAGGACAGCGGGACCAAACCCAACCAGUGACAGUCCCUCAGCGCCGGUGACAGACGCCCUCGACCCGACCUCUCUUUGGGAAUGAUGGGACUCACAUCUCCUCUCAGAACUGCCCGGGACCGAUCGGGUCCCACUGUGUAAUAAAGGGACAUUCGUUUAGCUUCGCUUCUCCUCUUUGAGUUGAACGAGGUGAAAGGGAAGCGUCUCCCCGGUUCAUUCCUCUUCCUCAGACGGACCACGAGCGUGAGGACGGAGCGGUCAGUGCUCGGGUCACUCCUGCAUUCUGGGACCACUGGGCUUUACUGGGGUUACUGGAUCUCUCUGCUCUUCUCCUCUGUGGACUAUAGUGAAGAACUUCUGCUGUCACCGGUGAGCGGCGGGUGACGUGCCCUAGGUAGACAGCAUAGUGAGGGCAGACGCUGAUGUGGAGUUCAGUCUUCGUUCAGAUUCAGAUCUUCACUUGUUUUAACCGUUCAUCAAUCGUUCCUCUUUUGCUGACCGGAAGCAGCUCUUUUGAAUCUAGUUUGUGAUUUCUCAUGGUUUUCACAUUCUUUUCUAUAAUUUCAUACGUCUGGUGGCACAGCAGCGUUUCUGAACUCGUUUCACAUUCUGCAAUAGUUUUUAAGUGAUUGGUUAUUCUUGCACUCCUAUAUACACUUAUUGUUUCUUAAAUAAAAAAAAAAUCUUUUUUUUCCUGAAA